AUGCAUCUCACACAAACCAACUACGAAGAGGUUGAAUCAGACUGUCAGAAUGUACCAUCUACCAAGUUCAACACCUGCUUUCAUACCGUUGAAGAGAUUCCAGCACAUGAGAGCACGAAUCAUCUUUCACGUCCGUCAGAAGCACCUUACUCCUUCGAGCGAUGGCUGCCCCUAGUUCUCAAAACACGAAACCGCGAUGCAAAAGUUGCACAAGUUGUGAAGCUUACACGAGCAAAGGCCAGACUCCUUGUAGCAGCAUCGGGCACCUCGAUUAUCACUGGUGAACACAACCGAGCAUACCAAGAAGACAUCCAGGAAGAAAUCAUCCCGCAUCUAUCGUCUCUCGAUUUCCCCGCCGAAGGUCUCUUUAUGCGCUUGAAUCGUUGUUCACCUAAAGAUGGUCGCCAAGCCGUACCGGGUAGGCUGUCUCUUCACUCCCCAACGGACAUAAUUCUUCGCUUGAUCACAUCACAGCGAGCACGUAAUGAAAUAUCAAAGAGUCUUGAAGGGGGGAGUCCGACUGUCGACUUGACUUUUCUUCCAUUCAAUAAACGUAUGGGGAGCGAAAGGGAAUACCGAGUCUACUGUGCACCUGAGACCGGAGCCAUCUCCGCAGUGAGUCAAUACUGCUGGCACAAGCCAUGGUUCUUCGACGGCGAAGAGCACGAAGAUCAGACAAGAGUAGUGGAUCAAAUCUGGGAGAGGAUCCAAACGAUUCACAAAUCAAUCCUACAUGAUCUGGAUCCGGAUGACGGGCUCGAUCAGCUGCUUUUAAAGCAAGGGCUGUCGUUCGAUGUGUUUUACGACGAGACAGACGAGACGUUGCAACUAGUCGAGUUGAACGUUUUCGGUGCGAGGAGCGGAUGCGGAUCGUGCCUAUUCCAUUGGAUCAAUGACUGGGACCAACUCUAUGGCCAUUGCGAAAGGGUCGAGUUUCGAGUUACACGAGGAAACACGAAACACACAAGCGAUAGUGAUGUUGCGGGUUUGUCUGCUUAG